AUGGUUAUAUUAGGACCAAGCUUCUCCGGCAAGAACAACCUCGUUUUUCAUAUUCUCAAGUAUUCUCCCCACGUAUUUGCCCAUCUCCACAUCAUCGCACGCAAUCCGCAUCAAGAGCUGUACGACUAUCUCCGCGAUAAGCUUGAGGGGUUCAUCACUUUCCACGAGCAUCCGCCUCAGGUAGAUGCUAUCAGACGUACUCCGGGUGAUAAACCAGAGCUUGUCAUCAUCGACGACUAUAGCAAUGAUAAGGGGCUCCAGAAGAAUGUGUUUAGCCAUUACUUCACUCGAGCUGUCUCAUAUAGCAGCAAGUAUUAG